CCCCCAAGGACACAACCAGAACUCCCGGCUUACAUUUUGUUGUGGUGGGGGUUGUUAAUGAAAUUAGAACCCCGUUUCCUUUAAAAAACAGUUUAACCUGAAGCCCGGAGCAUUCCUCAGCUUGGCGGGCCAGGACAUGGAGGAACUUUCCCACCACUUCGAGCAGGGAGACCCCACCCCGGAAUUCCUCCUCUGGGAGCCUGCAGAUCCCGACACACAGCUGGAGAGCUUCCUCCUGGAGUGCCUGGCAGAGCCCUCCCGGCCAGGGCCAGCGGGUGCUGAGCCGGACGAGCGCCCCGUCCAGCGCGGGCGGCCCCGGCAGCGCCGCGCCGCCAACCUGCGCGAGCGGAGGAGGAUGCUGAGCAUCAACUCGGCCUUCGAGGCGCUGCGCGGCCACGUGCCCACCUUCCCCUACGAGAGGCGCCUCUCCAAGAUCGACACGCUGCGCUUGGCCAUCGCCUACAUCGCCCUGCUCGGGGACAUCCUCCUGUCCGGCCGCCACCCCAAGGCCUACGUGGAGCAGUGCCUGAGGAGCGGCUUCCGAAGCCCCCAGCGGGCCGCCUGGAAUACGAGUGGUGAGCGAGGGAUGGGCGGUGUUUUAGUGGGGGGAGCAGAGGGAUCCUUGGGAUCGCCAGCGGGGCGGCCGCUUGUCACACCCAAACAGCUCUGAAACAGCACAGAAAUGAACCUUCAGAAGGAGGAAAUCUAAAUCAGGCUGCAGCAGAAAAGCACAAUUUGCCCUCACCCCCAACUUUCUUUUAAGGAGGAUCUUUUUCUUUAAAAAAUUGGAUAAAACACGCCUCCCCCCCACACCCCCACAAAAAAAAAAAAAAAAAAAAAAAAAAAAAAAAAAAAAAAAAAAAGCAAGUUGCUAAGGGAAUGGUUCCUUUUAAAAAGAGCAAAGAUUUUUAUUCUCAGAAUAUAUUUUUAGACUUUUUAAAAGAAUUCUGUGCAAAAGUUUUCAUUUCUGGUGGAGGCCUUAGAGAUUUUCUAUGUUUUCUUUAGAGGUUUUCUUUAGCUUGUACUUGGCUGUGAAAAACACCUGGGUUUGGACACAAACAGCAUUUAAUUUCUUAAAAUACAGACAUUCCAGGAACCCAGAGUUUCUCAGAGGUUACAGUUCAACAUAUGAACCAGGAUACACAAGACAGAGUGUUCAAAUUUCAUGCUAUUUUGAAAAUAUGGGGAAGUAAAUGCCUAUUUGCAAUUUAUAAUCUUAUAUAAUUAUUUCUAUUUUAAAGUGAAGGGCUGUUAUUCAGUUUUCUGUUCGGUUUGUACUUAAUCCCUGAUUUAGCUGGAAUGAAUUUGGGCCUUUCUUCCUCCAGAAUAUAUUUUUCAUCAGGCCACUGUGUGGUGAAGAUGGGAAAUUGCCCAAACUGCCAAACACAGGGCCUCAAUCUUAGAAGCCAACAGGUUUUGUGCUGCUUAGAGCAGGGAGGAGCAGAUGGGGGCUUCAGUAGUUCUCGGUACUUUGCAUUUUAAGUUAAUUAAUCCCCUUUCCAAGUCUAUAUGUUCCUUUGCAUGUAUAUAUACACGUACAUGUUCCUUUGGAUCUUGGAAAGGGGCCUUCAAAAUGAGCCUUCAAAAAUACGGCACAAGUAAAGAAAGAGAAAAGUCAGGGAAUAGAAAUAUUCCUCUUUCAUAUUACAGGGAAGUGCCAAAUGGACAGAGCCUGCAGAGGAAAAGCAAUCAUUUUACUUGAAAGGAAAAAUUAAUGGAGCCUUUUCUACUUUCCUAUUAAUUUCCAUUAUUACGACAGGAAAAAUGACUCCUGAUGUACCACUGAUUAUACCUCCCUUGACUACAGAAAAAAAUUACAUUUUAGUGGCCAGCUUCCCCCGCCUUUAACAGAUUUUAAACUACAGAAAUAUUUCUUGCUGGGAUCUCCCUUUUGCCACGCUUCCUCUCCUGAAGAGCUCCACUUGGAAAGAUCCAAUUGAAUGAGGCUCCUCUUCUGGAGAGGCUGCAUAGUUGACUUGUUAAAGGUUAAUUUGAAUGUUGAAAUGACCGUGUUUUCUUCUAUCCCUUGUGCAGAUCUGACAGCCCGCCUGUCCUGGGUAAAGUGGGAUUAAGGAAAGACCUUCAAAGGCAGCAAAACCUGAGGAGUGCUGGGUACCAGCUGCUCAAUUCCCAGCACUGCAAGUGAGAACCCUGCUCUAACGACCUCACUCAUUGUCCCAGAGCACUUCUCCACCACAUUUCCAGCACCCAGCCCCUUCCUCUGUUGAUUCAUCCCUCUCUGGGGCCUUGUGCUUUUCUUUCUCACUGCUGACAGACCUGCACUCACUUAAAAACAGCAAAACAUUAAAAACCAGUGC